AUGAGCGAAUUGAGUGAGGCGGAGAAACGUCGUAUUUUAAGAGAAAGAAGACAACAGAAGUUCAGUAAUGGUGGUGCUUCAAGUAGAUUGAAUAAAAUUACCGGUCAGGCCGAUAGCCAUUUAAGUACCGAUUCUCCUAUUGAAAUGAAGACUGCUAGAUCAAGACCAAAUAGCAAAGACACUACUCCAUCGAUUCCUUCCAGCAGUGAUGCUUCCUCGCAGAUGAAAACCGCUUCCAGUGACAGCACUAGUAAUGAUCCUCAACUGGAAAUUUUAAAGAAAUUGGCAAAUGCAGAUGAGAGUAACGAAUCUACACCAGACUUGUUCUCAUUACUGCGCUCAAUGAAAUCUGGGGAGGGUGACGCUGAUAAAUCUACAGAAUCCAUGGCUCCAGCCGAUCAAGCCAUGUUAGCUUACCACGACUAUCGUGUCAAUAGGUUGAAAUAUAUGACAAUGCUUUUCAAGUGGGUUUGCUUUUUGUUCCCUUACACAUACUUAGUUACCAGAAAUGCAAAGUUCAACGUAAGUUGUUUACCUGAGUCAUUAUCCUUCUUAACAAUGCCAUCAAAUUUUUUCAUGGUAUUCACCUCAUUCGAGAUCGUUGCUAUCUCAGUAUACUACCAAAGACUUCAAUCUAUCGAAGCUGAAAAUAAAAUUAACACGCUACAUAGUACCAGUAAGAUAGUUCAAAUGGUCUCUAUGGUUCCGGAGGGAAUUAUACCAAUUCCAAAUUUAAAGGGUAAAGUCGUCACAGCAUUGCAAUAUGUUGAUGUGCUAUCGACAUUUGUUGCCGAUAUCUGCUUCGUACUUGUAGUGUUGGGAUUACUGAUGUAUAUAUAA